UGUCACGGAAGUUUGUCAUUUCCUUUUAUAAAAACACUAAUAUGACAGAUCACACUUAAAUUCUUUGACGCACAGGAUAAAUAAAUAGCUGCAUCUCGAUCCGUUAUAAAUUACUUGGCACCGAAAACAUUUGCUUUAAUAUUUCUGCAAGGUUUGUUAGAAUUUGAUUAGGUCGCUUAUUUACUGAAAACUGCUUCAAAUUAUUGUUGAGAUGUCUUCCAAUAUAAAAAGUAAAGUAAAUUCACGAGGGGAAAAGUUUAUUCUAAAAAGCAAGAGACCGAAAAAAGAGCUAUCGAUUUCUCAAAGUGAAGCGCACAAUGUGUACAGAAAGAAAAAACGUAUUGCAGACAGGAUUGAUCUAAUGUCAUCGGAGAAGAGCCUCAAUCCGAUGGUUUUGCUAUAUCUUGAUGGACAUGGAACGGUUAAAGCUGCUGGAACGCCCGGCCUUCGUCGAGAAAUCUUGAAUAUUUCCCGAGAUGCCAUGUGCAAAUAUGUUGAAGACAAUUCUUUGAUUACAACUGACUCCCCAAAAAGCUGUGAAGACGUUUAUCAAGUGCAGGAGAUACGCUCUGAUCUUGUUGAUCCUGAUGCUUUGGAAGAAAUAAAACAAGGGACUUGGUCGUGCAAAGAGCUACGGAAACUGGUUUUAAAUAUGGUUCUCCCAAGAACAGCUGACAUCGACAAGAAAGGAAAACGGAAGUGGAAAGUGGCUAGAGUGAGAGACUUUUGGCUUAAAGCAGAGAAACCGUUGUUUUGGCCUCCUCACAUCCCAUUUGUUUCGCCAUCUGCCAGGAUUAAUCAACCUUCAGAGGAUGAUUACGAUGAAGAAGAAUUUGAUGAUAAAACAGAACGCUCGAGAAAAAUUUUAAAUAAGAAAGAACUGAUAGAGAUCGCUCUAUCGUAUGGAGAAUACGUUCAUGAAUUUACUGGAAAUGAAAAAAAUGAAGAGACAACACAAUCAUUUGGUCAAGGAAGACAAGAGAAAACUAAUCGAGAUGCGAAUGUUGGAAAAGAUACGUAUACAAGCGAAGAAGAUAAAAGAAGUGAUGAGAGCGAGAAAAGAGAAGAUUUCGAAAACAAAUUUGUUGAUAACGAAGCUGCAUUAAAUAACAUAAAAGAGGAUGAAAGGGAAGAGGAUACACAAUUAGUGAAUUUACAACAGAUGAGAGACAUGUACGAAAAAAGAGAAAUAGCUUGUAUUGUUCGCGCAAUGUUAAAAGACCCCCUAAAAUAUGUUGAAACAGCCUACGAAUUGUUGGACUUAGCUGAUACACAUCAACAUCCUAUUACGAAAAAUUUAAAGUCACACGAAAAGACCUCAUGGGCGUUCCACAUGAUUACGACACAAGUUGUCCUGGAGACAUUUUCAACGCUUUAA